GGCAUUGAAAAAUUAUCACUGGAUCUGAUUAGUCUGUAAUUAAAAGUUAAAUCGAUCACAAGUAGAAAAGAUGAAAAUUUUAAUUUUCUUGUUUCUCGUACAAAACCUGUCAGCAUUUCCAGUCAAUGAUGGUCGAAUCAUUUUUCGGGAUUCUGGAGAAAAUGCACGCAUAACAGGUCGAUUUGAUGACAGCACAGAUGACAUGACAUUAGAUCUACAAAGCUUAUUUAAUGAUCCAAACAUAAUAAAAUCAGAAAAUGAUACCAACAGCUUUAUAGUUGAAGAUCAAGGAAAUGAUGAUGCAUUAUACGGAAAAUAUUAUCAAGGUGAUAUAGUCUUGUCAGAUGAACAGAAAGAAUUUUUGAAUGCCACAAAUGUUGAUGAGUUUUCAUCCAGAACUGGAAGGAUAUCAUUAGCUUAUAGAUGGCCCAAAAACAUAGCAGGUCAAGUGAUUGUGCCAUUUGUGAUCAAUACCGAUGACUACACUUACAAGCAAAUCCUUCUUAUUCUAAGUGCAAUGGAUGACAUUGAAAAAAGUACAUGCAUAGUGUUUGUUCCUCGUGAUGGUCACGUUGACUACAUUAAUAUUAUAUCAGACGAUGGAUGUUCUUCACAAAUGGGAAAAAUGGGAGGUCGUCAAAAGGUUAGCCUUGAUUCAGAUGGCUGCAUAUCUCGAAGAACAAUUAUACAUGAGCUAGUGCAUGCUCUUGGAUUUGAUCACAUGCAAAGUCGUUACGAUCGCGAUCGUUAUAUUGAUGUGCUUUAUAAAAACAUUAAAAAAAGUGAAUACUUCCAAUUUGAACUUGUAGAUCCAAGAAAGUUCAAAGAUUUCAAUACUCCAUAUGAUUAUUAUUCAGUCAUGCAUUAUGGCCCAACAGCAUUUUCUGUAGAUCCUAGUUCAAAGCGAACCAUAGUGCCAAAAAUCGAAAAGUUUAGAAAUGUAAUCGGUAAAGUUCCUAGAUUAAGUCAAGGAGAUGUUAGGAGGAUAAAUAAUAUGUAUAACUGCGGACUUUAAAUGAGGGUAUUUGUCAUUAAUGGGGUCGUUCACUUAUGACGUGCGAAAUUAACGGUCAUUUUUCAAAAAAGAACAAUGGAUUUCCAGGAAUUUCUAUUGUUCUUGUUGACCCCACCCCCCUCCUGGACGUCAUAAGUGAACGGCCCCUUAAUUGGGUCACAUAGUUUAGAAUAAUAUUAAUAAGAAUGAUGGACCAAAUUUUAAUAAAGUCGGUGAUAAAAAAUUCAUGAAUAUUGGCACUUCGAUCACAAUUCGAUCAUGCACUAUGGCUAAAAUGCUUUUUCGGCUACUCAUAAAAGAACUAUCAUUCCAAAGGAUUCAAAUUAUAGAAACAUCAUUGGACAGAAUUCUAAAUUAAGCGAUGGAGAUGUCGAAAGAAUCAGCA